GCUUUUAUGAAACGAGACAUGCGAAAAGCCAUUACCAUGAGUCCUUAAAUUUGUAUCUUUGGUUUUAAAGAAAAUCUUCAUCUGUAAAAUUUAUUAGCUUUUUGAAACGAGGUCCAAUUCCUAUUUUUGAAGACUCUGCAACAACUGGAUCCAGUUUCUACGGACUUUUGUUGGUGAUUCUAGUGAUUUUAAUUAGAUUGCAACUGCAGUUGUUAGUUUGGGAUUUAAUGUGGCAUUGUAACCAUGAAGAAUAAAUACACCUCUGUUUCAGACUCUGAAGAGUCCUUGAAAACGCUCACUGAUGAAAAGUCAGACACGCAUUCUGCAGAUGGCACGCCUCCUCCAUAUUCAGGUACGAUUAUUGAAAUAGAAAGGUAAUGGUGUUUGUUAUUGAGAGUUUUUACUGAGGAAUUCUAUUUUAAACUUGUCGACGAUUGUCAAUAAACAGGGCGAAUACCUUCAUUCUCUCGUAUACAACGAAAACUUCAGCUGCUAAUUCAUUCGUUAGCUUCAAACAAAUUUAUCGAUUUAGAAAUGGCUGACGGAUCCGCUCAGAAUUCCGCCGAAUUAUCCGAAAAUAAUAUUAGGUCUGACCCUUCGCCAAAUAAACAGUGGUGGAAAACACAUUUCAUAGAAACAGUGACUAUUAUAACUAUUAUAUAUAAUCUUGUUUUUCUAGUCAUAGUUUUUGGUUACAACGUUUCUCCGUAUUCGAAAACUUUUUAUGGUCUUGCUGGCAGCUCUAUUGGAUCUAUUUGUACUUCUCUCCUUGCAAUUCUUUAUAUCUGUCCGGAAUGGUACAGGGAAGCUGGAAGAGCAACAAAGAAGUGCAUUAAGAAAUUCACACCAGCUGUAUGUAAAGCGCUAAUUACCCUGAUAAGUUUGAAUGGAGUCGGGGGUGGUGCUUUGAAACUAACAGGAGGCUUCGAAUAUAUACAUUCAGCCAUGGUGUUGGUUGUUCUGGCCGUAUUGAACAUAUGCUUGUUUGUUCUUCUCAUUCGAAACCCAAUUGGAUUUGGAAAUAUGACAGUUAUCGUUCCUACAAACAACAGAAUUAGCAGGAAUACUCCACCUCGUAACGAAGAAACCGAACUUCAGCCUCUUGCUGAGCAAAGCUCUGAAGUUUGAAUGUGAGUGUGAGUUUCACCGAACCUGCUUUCAUUUUGUGUACUUCGCCUUCGACCCUUCCUUGGGAUCAUCCAUGUCAAUUGCAGUUCACCAAGAUCCCUGUGUUCGUUGUCACAAAAGCUUGAAUCUGAUAAAUCCAGUAAACUUUGAUUGCUUUAAUAAUUCACUCUUUUACGAUUUUCUAAUUAGUUCACAGCACUGUUGUUUAUGCAUCGUUCAUUUUUCUUCGCAAUCCGAAUAGAACAUCCUUUCUAAUGAUUAUUUCAUGUUUUUGACAACGAAUAUUCCAUAGCAGUGAAGUAUUGUUUAACUCAACGCCGAGUCGCGUAAUUGAUAAUGUCUUAGAAUCGGCAAGGAUGAAUGUGAGUUUCGACAGUUAUUAUUUUCACAGUAUAGCAAACACAAAUCUUCAGAUCU